UGGAACAUAUUAAAGCUAUUAUACUAAGCUAUCAGGCCUCUGUCGUCUUGCAGAUCAUUGGCAUCGACCAGGCGGAGUUUAGGAUGCUGGGAUGAGGGAAGCUGCUGAGAAGCAGGUGGAGACCGCGGAUAUUUACGUGAUGCACUUCGCUUAGGAAGGAUAAGAGGGAGCUAGAGAGGAUACUCUUGUCAUCUGAGAAACGCAGUAAAAUUCGCUUUUGAAACUGCUUUGUGUGCUAAUCGGGAUCUGGAGGCGCUGCGAAGCGCUCCAUCUGUCUCCGUCGUGUCGCUGGAAGCUGCGGCGAAGUGAUGCUCCAUCUUUGCAUCGACGGCCGGAGCCGUUUUUUCUGAAAGCCUGCUAUUAUGCAGGGAGCAAGGGAGACUGCGAGGAUUAAAGGGGAACGAAGCAUUGGUUUAGAAAACAUCAGGCACUCUGGCAGUGUAUGCCAACUAUGGUCGACCCCUCAGAUGUUGAGGAGCAGAAUAAGUGUAAAGGCCCACAACUUGACACGCCAACUGUGGCCGCUGAAGACCCUCGAUUACCAGAACCGGUUGAUGGCACGACAACUGAGGAGGAAGGUGAUGCCGGUUUUGAAACACCGCCCACUGGCAGCUCAGAGCCCAGCCCCUGCCACACUGCGUCUCUGGCGGGGUCAAAGGACAGCACACAGGGGCCAGCACCUCGACAAGCUCAGAGUGACACAGAAAUGUCCCCCAAAUUGCACCUGGACCUGUACAACUUUGACUCGCCUGAGGCGGAGGGAAGUCGUUAUGUGUUGACAAGCCCCCGCUCUUUGGAGGCGUGUGCUCGAUGCGGAGUCAAACCAGUGGAGCUGCUGCCUCGCCCGCUUGCUGACUUUGUCCGGGAGGCUCCUGGCCGGUCAAUGCGAGUCGCCACAGGUCUCUUUGAGGUCUAUGAGAAGGACAGACAUGGCAAACUCAGGCACUGCAGGGAAGAGAGGGAGAGGAUUGUUAGAGAAGAGAAAAGAAGGAUUCUGCAGGCAACUGUCAACAGCAGCACAUCUUCAUCCCCCUUGGAUAAAGUCACAUCUGGAAUCAGUGCGCCUCCAAAAUCUGGUACAGUAACCUCUAGCUCAGUCCCGGAUGUGGGAGUUUCCUUUAAAACUGCAGCAUCAGGUGCAACUCUUCUAUCGAAAGCCCCCACCUCUACUUUAAGUUCCUCCCCAAAAUCCAUGCAACCUAGAACUACCCCGUCUCCAAAGUGUGGCCCCAAAACAUGUCUGCCACCAUCUAAGGGUGCAUUUCAAGGAUCAGCUUCAGUGGCUCCAUCAUCUGAACAUACAAAAACCACGCGCCCACUUUCAUCUGGUCCCCCACCAGUGCUCAAGAAAUCCACUGGUGGUAAAUCUUCAAACACUUUUCCAAGAUCAACACCGAAACCUCCCUCUUUCCCCAGAGCCAACUCUACGUUAACAUCAUCAGUGUCAAAGCCUGCUGUUCAGACCUCCAACACACCUCUGAAUGGAGUAACAAGAGGGCUGUUUUCUCAACACAACGGACAUCUUGGAUUCUAUUCCAAGGCCCGGGGGAAAAGUCAUUCCCUGGAGUCUUUACAGCGAAGGAUGGAUCCCGUCUGCUGCUCAACCUCCACAACAACAACUACAACUACAUGCACCUCAUCAGAGUCUGGGGCUUCCUCUUCCUACAGUUGGGAUGGUGUACGGGAUCACUGGGCUAAAAUGUCCAGUCCUCGAGCUCGCACUAUGGCCACUUUCAACUCACUGAUGGGCCGCAGCCUCAGCCUCGGAGACCUCAGCCACUCUCCUCAGACAACACAGAAGGUGGAGCGCAUCGUGAAGGAGGUGAAGCGUCGAGGCCUCAAGGCUGUGUCCGAGCGUGACCGCAAGAUUGCAGCUUUGAUGCUUGCCAGAUAUCAGGAGGAAGACAUCAUGAGUCAGACCCGCUAUGUUGCUCACCUUCAGUGGGACAGCGAGCGCAGGAUGGAGGAGCUGCGGCGGGAGCAAGAGGACAGGGAGAAGCAGCGAGCGGUGCUCCAGUGCCAGCGACUGUGGCAGACCCAGGUUUUGAUACGUCAGCAGAAAAUCAGCCAACAGGAGCGUGAUUCAGCCACUGCAAAAAUGCGGCAGGCCGAGGAGCAUGAGGAGCGUUGGAAGGAGCUUGCAGAGCAGCAGGAGCGGAACCGUCUGCUCAGACUACAGCAGGCAGCACGAGAAGAGAAGCACAAGAAAGCUCUUCAGGAGCAGAACUUGAAGGCCCUAGAAGAGGAGAGAGCUGCCAUGCUGGAGCAAGAGAGGCUGCUCCUGGAGGAGAAGCUCACCAUUGCUGAGCUGAAGAGGCAGGAGCGAGAGCACCAGGCCCAGGAGGAGAGACGAGGUCUGAAUAAAGCAGAGAGGAGACGUCAUGCAGCAUUGAUACAAGAAAUUGCCCGUCGAGAACAGGAAGAGAGGGAUGAAGCUAAAAGGGCAGCACAGGAGAAGCUCACCCGCUCCCUUGAGAACUAUGAGCAGAUAGUUGAACGUCGAGGGCAGGAGCUGAAAGAGAAGGCCAAACGUGAGGAGAAGCAGAUCCAGAAGGCUCGCAAGGCAGCAGAGAAGCGCGAGAAACAGCAGCAGCAACUGCUGGAGGCCCGCGUCAGGGAGGCUGCGAAACGAGCCCAGCAGGCCGCCACGGUGGCCGAGGAGAAGGCCAAGGAGAAAGCCAAGCGGGCCGUCCAGACUCGGCAGGAGAAGGAGAGACUCCAGAAGCUCAACAGGCAGCGUGUGGAGGAGGAGGAGAGGCAGAGGCGCCUGGAGCUCCUACAGUCCAUCGAGAGGAAGCUGGAGAAAAGUGAGCAGAUCUUCAGGGAGAAAAAGGCAGUGUUGGAGAGCGCCCGCUCUGUGGCACGGGCAUCAUUUCAUGUGCGGGACAAAGUGCGGGAGGAGACCAACAUGCGCACUUUUGAUAAGAUGGCCCUGGAAGCCCUGCUCAAAGCAAGUCUCGAUGAAAAGUAAACCCAUAGCUUUGCUGUAAACUACUGGUUAUACCAUUGGUUCUUGGCUUUAUCACUCAACAGGUUACCAUUCUUCCCACCCCCACCAGUGUUAUUUUUAAAUUUCACAUCAUUAUCUAUCAGCAGUUUUAUUAUACGUUUGACCACUUUAUUCAUAGAUCCCAUUAAAGUGACAAAUUUUGUGUCAUUGAUGUAUUUGGAAAAUAAACCAUAUCAAUAGUUACUCCGUAACAGUAAAGCCCGUAAGGCAGAUGGAACCAACAAAAAUGUUUAUUGUGGACAGAGCUGUUUUUUUGGGGGGUUUUUUUGUGUCAACACAACCCCCCCUCUCUCCAUCUUUUUGCUCUGAGCUGCAUCUUAGCCACUGGACUGAAAGCUGUGCUGGAAUGAAAAGAGUUAUUCUUCAUCUGAGAGCACAAUUCCAUGACAGCUGCAGGGGCUUUCAAGGGAACACUCCCGUUAGUGGGAAAACAAGCCUGAGGAAAAAGUUAAACACAAAUGGUUCCCAGCCCUCGCCAGCAAUGACAGACCCUUUUUGUACAAACACUCGAAGGAAACACGGGCAGCUCAGAACUCAAACCCAAGCAUGUAAGCUUGUCCGUCCUUUCAUUGCUGACGGUGCAGCGCUGGAAGGUGCAGAGGACUUUGGAUAUUGCACCAUAAGCAUUGCUCCUUCAAAUUCUCUUCUAGGUCUCUCUCUUUUUCCUAUUCAUGUCAAAUUACAGUCAGCACUGAAGCUCUCUAAGAGAAAACCUCCUCUUGGCUCCCUGCACCAUCCUCCUGCCUCUAGCACACCAUCAUGGUGAUCAUCUUAUAGUCAACAGGUUUGUGUUAUUACCUUCCCAUCUCUGUUUUGUUGCAUCAAUGCUGCCAUUCAGAGAUUGCAGUUUUAAUGAUGUGUGGAUGCACUAAUCCUACAAUCUCCCAGCUAUAAAAAAGAAAGAAAAAAACAGAAACAGUACACAUGGGUUUUUGCCCAGAUGAAGCUGUUGCCAUAGAAAUGCAAACCUGGCUCAAGCUGCAGGAGUGACGGUAGGGAAGAUUAUUCACUGGCAGCUUAUUUUGGAUGUUUCUUUUACAAGGCAUGAUUUUGGUCUUUCAGUUGUUACAGCGCCUCUCGAAACUAUUCAAUCAGUCAAACUUUAUUUACCAUAGUGGCUUCACCCUGUAUUUUGGAGCGAUCUGGUGUUUAAACCCUAGAAGCUUGACUUUGUUAUUUGGAAAUUGUCUUUGACGUACUGUGAUUCCUAUAUCAGCUAUGGUCUUGACUGCUCCUUUUACGCCUGCAAUGCAUUACAUCAUGCAAAAACUAGGGUUUGAUUACGUAAAUAAAAUGAUUCUCACUGUAGGGUCCAUGUAUCUUUUACUUGAGAUCAGGAGAGAGAAGCUUUGAGGUACAAUUCAGUUUGUAUUAUGUUGACAAUACAAUACUUUUCAUAUAGUCAAGUACAAUCCAAAGUGCUUAGCAAAGGUUAAAAACAGCAAUGGAACAUUUUAUCUUUUUGUAAAGUUCCAACCCUUGUUGGAAUUUGUUGUGACUGUCCUACAUAAAGGAAAUCAUAACAUUGAAGUGCAGAGAAGGAUUCAUGGUUUUCUUUCUAUUUUUAAGAUUUUUUUGCAUCAUAUUUUUAAAGUAGGCAGACAGGAAAUGGGGUGGAGAGAGAGGGAAGACAUACAGAAUGGGGCUCCGGGUCAGGACCCGGACCAAGGACAGCUACAUCGAGGAGUUUGGGCUUCAUUUAUAUCCAGCCCCCCAGAUUUAAAAUUUGUACAACCAAGUCUUUUGGGGUAUGACAUCUUUGCACAUCUACAGACUGACAUUUUUGUCCGUUCUUCUUUGCAAAAUAACUCAAGGUCUGUCAGAUUGGAUGGAGAGCAUCUUGCCACAGAUACUCAAUUAGAUUUAGGUGUAAACUUUGAAUGGGCCAUUCUAACAAAUGAAAAUGCUUUGAUCUUAACCAUUUCAUUUACCCUCUAGGUUUAUUUUUCAAUUCAGGCUGGUAGGUAACCCUCCACCCCAGUGUAUUUAGCUCUAUCCAUCUUCAAAUAAUCACUGGCCAGCUUCAUUGGUCCUGAAAAGAAAAGCAACCCCAUACCAUGAUAUAUCCAAGACCAUGCUUCAUUGUCAGGAUGGUUUGUUCCGGGCUAUGUGCAGUAUUCGUUUUUCACCACAUCUAGCAUUUUGCAUGAAGGAAAAAAACCAAAAUGUUUAUAUGAUACUUUUGCAGGACCCAGUGUACUAGUUUUUCUAAUUUAUAAGCACAUAUGUUAGCCCUUUUUUACAGUCUUUGAUGUGUAAUCUCAAGUCUUUUGCAGCCUUUACAAGGUUUUCUUGCACGAUGAGGCGUUAUUUAGCUCUAUCCAUCUUCCCAUCAUGUUCUCAACAUGUUUGCUGCUCCUACAUGGCUGUUGGCAUGUAGGAGAUCAACCUUUUUCAUGCCACUCCUCCGUAAAAGCCAGAUGUGUGCAGUGCACAAGCAAUAGUUAUUAUGUUGACAGAUUUUCCCACCUGACCUGUGGAUCUCUACAGCUCUUCCAGAGUGAUCAUGGGCCAUUCUAACAAACAAGUAUGUUUUGAUAAAAAAAAUACAAUUUGUACCCUCUGGUUAUUUUCCACUAAACUCUGAUCAUGUCUCUGUUGAAGCACAGCUGCCUCACAGCAUAAUGCUGUCACCACCAUGUAUCAUAAUGUUCAGGGUUUUUCACCAGCUAUUUUAUUUUGUAUGUAAGGCAAAAAGUUACAUAUUGCACUCGUUUGAUCAGAGCAAGUUUUCUAUUGUCUUUCAGAGUUACUAUUGACCUCUUUGCUGCUUUUUUAAACCAUAUAGAAUUUUGCUUCACCUCACAAUUCUGCAAUAUUUUCUGUUUGUCUAUCACAUAAAAUCCCAACAAAAUAGGUUGAAGUCUAUGCUUGUAAUCUUACAAAAUGUGAAAAAGAUCAUGGGUAUAGAUACUUUUGCAAUGCACUUUAUACUUCUGCAGUCAGCUGGUGGUCUUACCGUCCAUCAAUAACCAGCCUGUAGACUGAGCUGAGUAUGUCAGACAGUCACAUGUUUCGUGCCUGCUUUCGGCAGAGAUAUAAGCCCCAAUGAAUUUGAAGCAAAGCAGGCUUAUGGCUGACAGACCACUGUGCCAAGCAGACGAUCAUGGAGUGGAGGCAGGAUGAGACAGCAGAUUUGCUUUGUGGGCGCUUUCCGUAUAAAUAAAGCUGCAAGGUUUAUUUUAAAUAAAGCAACUGCACUUCACAAGUGCACAAACCAUA